AUGCAACCUGCUCCUUGGCAAGCGGCGACAGCUCCACGCCGUCGGCGCCGUACAUCUUGCCUCCACCACGGCCUUGGCCAGGUCGACUGCACCGGCACCUCCCUUGGCCCAGUGGUUAGAUGGAACAGCAGCGGUUGCACCAGCCUUGAGGGCCUCCUCCUGGAUAGCGGCGAUUUCUGCCGGGGUGUCGGUGACGAACUGGUUGAUGGCAACCACGACCGGCACGCCAUAGCUCUUGGCAUUGGCGAUCUGCUUGGCCAGAUUAGCGCAUCCCUGUCUCACGAGCUGGACGUUUUCCUGGGUGUACUCCUCAGGAAGAGCCUGGCCCGGCUUCACGUCUGGGGCGCCUCCGUGCAGCUUCAAGGCUCUGGAGGUGGCCACCAACACCACCACGUUUGGCUUCAGGCCAGAGGCGCGGCACUUGAUGUUGAAGAACCGCUCUCCGCCCAUAGUGAAGUCGAAACCGGCCUCGGUGACAACGAAACCCUUGGUAGCAGGAUCGGCUCCCGGGUGCGAGCCCACGAGUUUCAGGGCCAGUCUGUCGGCGAUGACCGACGACGCACCGAUCGAGAUGUUGGCGAACGGACCCGCGUGCACAAACACAGGCGUUCCCUCGAGCGUUUGCAUCAGGUUUGGCUUGACUGCGUCCUUCAAGAGAGCGGCAAUGGCGCCCGCACAGCCAACGUCUUCUGCCGUAACAGACUCGCCAGACUUGCUGGUUCCAACCACAAUUCUGCCCGCACGGGCUCUCAGGUCCUCCAGGUCCUUGGACAGCGCCAGAAUGGCCAUGAUCUCCGAGGCAACGGUGAUGUCGAACCCGGUCUUACGCACAAAGCCCUUCUCUGUAGGAGCCUCACCAACGGUGACCUGUCUCAAAAACCGGUCGUUCACGUCCACCACGCGCUUGAUCUGGAUGGUGGCCGGGUCGAUGUCGAGUCUGGCGAACCUGGUGGCCUCCUGCUCGGUCAGUUUGUCCGGGUCGGUCUCGGAGAUGCCCAGUUUCUGCAACCGUUUCAGCAUCGACGGAGUGAACGCUCUCUUUCCCUUCUUGGCAGGAACCAGACGCUUGUACAACGCCUUGUCGCCUUGGGUGGCCUCGUGGAACAUUCUCGUGUCAAUGGCAGCAGCCAGCAAGUUGUUGGCUGCACCAAUUGCGUGGAUGUCUCCGGUCAAGUGCAUGUUGAACUCGUCCAUAGGAAUCACUUGAGCGUAUCCUCCACCAGCAGCACCCCCCUUCACACCAAACGUUGGACCCAUGGAAGGCUGUCUGACGUUGGCAACGGCAGGAACGCCGAUGUGGGCGCCCAAAGCCUGCACAAGACCCAUCGUGGUGGUGGACUUUCCUUCUCCUAA